AGAUCUCGCUCGGCCUUUCUACCCUUGACUUCCUCUUGGUGGUCCUGCUGGCUCCACGCGACGGCAUACGCGCAUCUGAAGGCCCCCACAAGCGACCACAGCCAUGAGGACGAAGCACACUUCACAUCCGCUGCCCUCUUUUCCCGUGUACUCCUCCGCGUUUGUCUCGCCGAACGAGUUCGUCCUUGGGGGAGGAGGUGGCCAGUCAAAGACAGGCAUCAAGAACAAGCUGCGGCUCUACCGUAUUGAGGGAGAUAGCAGACUGGAGCUGCUCAACGAGCUGGAGCUGGCGAGCGGCGAGGAUGCUCCCAUGAGUAUGGCCGCUCACCCAUCGCGCAGCGAGAUAGUUGGAGGCAUCAACAGCUCCGAGGACGCGCUGAAGAGCGGUCCAAACCGGAACUGUCGCGUGUACAGUGUGAAGGAGAACAAGAUAUCGUUUUCAGAUGCCUGUAGUACGAUUCAGCUCAACGGUGAGGAUGAUGACUUCCAGAAAGUUACUGUCUUCUCUCCCAACGGCAAAUAUCUCGCUGUCGGUGGCACGCGCGACCUCUCUGUCCUACACUACCCUUCGCUUACCCCCGUUGCCACCCCAAUCCACCUGGAAAAAGGCGAAAUGUACGAUGCGGCAUUCUCGUCGAGUACAUUAGUCGUGGCAACCACCGUAAACCUCCUUGUCUACGCGCUUCCAUCCGAAGCAGAAGGAGACACUGCGGAGAAGUCGAAGGAUAGCCGAUCCAUAUCAUCAGAGCUCCUACACACCAUAGAUAGACCUACGCUACCAGGGAAGGACGCCGGAAGCAGCUUCCGUGCGGUUAGAUUUCACCCCUCGGACGAGAAAACGUUAUACACAGUGUCAAAUACUGUACCGCCAAAGACGCGAAGUAAAUCGUCACCACGACGCGCUUUCGUCGUCAAGUGGAACACGGACACCUGGACAGCCACGAAGGUCCGUCAAAUCAGCGAUCGCGGCGUAACAUGCUUCGAUGUCAGUCCUGACGGGAAGCUACUCGCUUUUGGAUCCUCCGACCUGACUGUCGGAGUACUCGAUGCUCAGUCUCUUGCCCCACUGUUGACGAUACUGAAGGCGCACGAGUUCCCUCCAACCACACUUCGCUUCAGCCCACACUCUGACAUCCUCGUCUCGGGCAGCGCAGAUAACACCAUUCGUGUCGCGACCAUUCCUGUAGGACUUGGGGCUACUUCGUGGGGCACAUGGUUGCUCUUCAUUGUCGCUCUACUCGUCCUGCUCUUCGCUAUCCUCGCGAAACAAUGGCCGCGUGCUCUGACUGACGUUCUCUCUGAGGUCCCGCCCCUGCAGUGAUAUAUGCGAUACUAAUCAUUGCGUGCCCGGGACUAGCAGUCCCUUUCAUUGCUUCGUUUGAUAACCCACAGCUAUACGCUUGUUUUGUCCACUAUGCUUAUACGUCCAGACGGGAUAUUCUCUUCGUUUUGUAUCUAGAUAUACUCCAUUACUGUCUACCAUGCAUCAUACACUACUAUACAACAUGUCAUAUAUCCGCAUGCAGUGUGUGUCCGAGCAAAUAAAACCACUACCAAGGAUGACCCGCACGACUAGUCGUAGUCGUCCUCUUCUACCAGCUUCCGUUUCACACCAUUUGUAGACGCUUCACCCGCUCCCGACGCAGUAACGUCCUCCAUGGCCUCAUCCCCGCUUUCUUCCUCCUCCUCGUCGCCCCCAGCAAACAAGCCGUCAUCCUCCUCCACCUCGCUGCCCUCGUCGGGUGGCGCGCCUCCCGGCGUGAGCAUGUCCACGUCCGACGGCGUGUGCGCCGCGCCGACCACCGGCGGUAAGUGUGCAUGCUGCUGCUGCUGCGUCUGUGGUUGGGACGAGUGGGAAGUGGGGUGUGGGAGCGGGGCGGGCUCCAUGUCCUCGUCCUCGUCGGACUCGCUUUCCUCGACUUCCUCGACGUCUUCGUCGUAGAGCUUCACCCCUGGGGGAGGUUUGUUGGGCACGAGGUCGAAGUCGACGGCGGUGAGGCAUUCGUGCGCGGGCGGCAGGCGGACGCCGUACACCUCGGGCACGGAGGGGAGCGGGACGGCGUUGGUUUGCGUCGCGAGGGAGAGCAUAUACUCCUUUGGAACGCGGCCACCAAACUCCCAGCCUACGCGAGCCUGGACGGCAAGCACAACGUCCUCCAUCUCGACCUUCCCUGAUCGCCCCGCGUGUUCGGCGUACACGAGCGCGUCAGAGAGCACUUGCGCGGUGUACCGGUUGGAGAACUCCAGUAGCUGAUGUAGAACUCCGGGCUGUGCGUCCUGGACUGUCGGUGUGGAUGCGAGGAGCAGCGCAAUACCACGUGCAGUAGGAGGAAUUGUGUCUGCGACCGCUGUUCGUGACAUAGCUACGUGAGGGAGUGUAAGGGCUGCCGGCUGUCC